GUUAGUAUUACACAACAUCCCGUACUUUUAUAUGUGGCUUGUAGACUUCCUGCAGAGACUCGAAGAAAAGCAGAGGUUACAAUUUUCUAUUGGACAAAAACGAUUUGUUGAAAAUGUCAGGAAAGGUUGUGCUUUAUUAUUUUAAUGGAAGAGGGAAAAUGGAGUCGAUACGGUGGCUUUUAGCUGUUGCUGGUGUUGAGUUCGAGGAAGUUUAUCUGACCACCAGAGAGCAGUACCAGAAGUUGGUGGACGAUGGAGCACUCAUGUUUAAUCAAGUUCCCAUGGUUGAGAUGGAUGGAAUGAAGCUCAUUCAGUCGAAAGCUAUCUUGAACUACAUCGCUGGGAAAUACAACCUGUAUGGAAAGAACAUUAAAGAGCGUGUUAUGAUUGAUAUGUACUCUGAAGGUGCUAGGGACAUGAUGGAUAUGAUAUUGAUUCUGCCCUUUACACCUGCUGACAAAAAGCAGAGUCAGCUGGAUAAAAUAGAGAAAAAAGCCAAGGAAAAUAGUCUUCCAGCUUAUGAAAAGGCUCUUGCUCAUAGCCAGUACCUCGUGGGAAACGAGUUGAGUUGUGCAGAUGUGCAUCUCCUUGAGAUGACUCUAAUGCUGGAGGAGUUGUUUCCGACCAUUCUUUCCACAUUCCCUAAAAUCCAGGAAUUCCAGAAGAGGAUGAAGGCGAUUCCAGCCAUCAGUAAAUUCUUGCAGCCUGGAAGUCAGAGAAAACCUCCUGCUGAUGAAGUUUAUAUAAAAACUGUCAUGACUGUGCUGAGCCAUCUUUUUAUUUAAAAGACAAAACGUGGUUCAGUUACUGAUCAAUCAAGCGCUUAUAUGCUUUGCUGUGCCUUGUACAGGAGAGGGAUUAUGCAAGGCUGGUAAUGAUACAUGAAUUCUCAUUUACACUGAGGUGUUUUGCCCUUUGGACGUCAGUAAGCAUUGAGUUUUUGUUCUAUCCAGUGUAGAUUUAGAUACAAAAAUGAUCAUAUAUUUGAUCUAUUUUUGAUGUGAGCCUCGUGCAUUAAAUUGUUUUUUUUUUUUUUAAUUAUGAUCAUCUUACACUUGAAGAGUGAAUGUUUUGGGCAUCAUGAUUAUUUAAAUAUAAUAUGCACCUAGUAAUUUGUUAAAAUGUUCGUCUUUUAUUCAUUUUGUGAAACUGUGGCCUGUGUGUAAUAAUAACAAGAAAUAAAUGCUUCCACGUUAAAA